AUGGACGAUACCAAUGAUCAGUGGACCUCUUUUCAGCAACUUGACCGCGAUAGCGAUAGCGUACACAGGCAAAAAGUCAAGCACGUUCUCCAAGAGGCGGAAUUUCCGUUUCUCUCCUGGACAGCGGUACAGACUCGACAAGCUCUCGACCCUGGAGGCGGUAGCACUUCUCACACAUCUGCCGAAUUGCUCCGCUGUUCCAUCGACUGUGGUAGAUUCGCUACUGGGCACGAGAACAUCGCACUCGAGCUCGAAUUUUCGGACUCGGAGCGCUGGAUGGCGACGAUUCAGCUCCCGGACGAAUCCAGCGAGCCUGAUGUUAUUGAAACAUCGAUGCUUAGCGGAAUAGCCACGAUGAGACUGCUGUGCGCCACGACCGAGAUUUCCGUGCCUCAGCUCUACGGGUUUGAUAUCCUGGCCGCUAAUCGAUUCUGGUUCCGCUACAUGCUCAUCAAGCCCUUCCAGAUCGCGAAAUCUCCAUUAUACCUGCACAUGAAAUGGGCUCUUUCCGCACCUUGCUCAACUACUUUUACGCUCUUCGUCGUUUCAAAUUCGGGCGAUCAAGGUGGAGCACUCUGGGAAUCAGCAAUGGACCACUGCGGCGUGGAUGCUCGAGCAAGCUGUACCAUCGAUGGUAGUGGAAGAUCACGUUACGGACCUUUUCCACCAAUUCACGUGGAUCUGCAUCAUAACAACAUCCUCUUCGACAAAGCCUUCAAUAUCACCGGGAUCAUUGAUUGGAGCGGGGCUCAGACGGUUCCAGUGGAACGCUUCCUGGCCAGUCCAGAGCUUGCUAGUUUCCCCUGGUUAUCAACAGUAGAGAACCGGCGGACAAUAGCAUCCCGCGACAAUUUCGCUGCGGAGCUUUGUGUCCGAGAAUUGACAACACCCAGAUCGUUCAGAGUUGGUGGCCCCACCACCGGUGGCGGUUGGAGCGAGCAUGACAUGACUUCCUCUCCGACACUGAUUUCAGAUCUGAUACCCACCCCACUCUGGGAUAUCGUCUAUCGCUGUACCUAG